AAAAGCCUGCAGUCUCCAAACAGAAAGCACCUUCGGGAAAAGUUGUUCUGAUUAACAACUUCAAGCAUCCAGCAACAGAAGAACUUGAAAUCUUCAGCCAUGACCGAGAGGCGCAUCCCUUUCACUUUCCUCCGUACGCCAUCCUGGGACCCGUUCCGUGACUGGUACCAGGGCAGCAGGAUCUUUGACCAGGCAUUUGGGAUGCCAGCAUUACCAGAGGAGAUGCACGUCUUUCCCAGCAGCCACUGGCCUGGCUAUAUGCGCCCUUCCAUGGGUGGUGAGAUGGCCUCCUUGAUGCACGGCACUCAGGUGCCUGCGCCCACUAUUCCCACGCCCAUGGUGCCUCAUCCAGCCACCUACGCACGCGCUUUGUCCCGCCAGCUUAGCAGCGGGAUGUCUGAGAUCAAACAGACGCAAGACGGCUGGAAGGUGAGCUUGGAUGUCAACCAUUUUGCUCCUGAGGAGCUCACGGUGAAGACCAAGGAUGGUGUUGUGGAGAUCAUUGGAAAACAUGAGGAGAGGAGGGAUGAGCAUGGCUUCAUAUCCAGAUCUUUCACUAGGAAGUACACACUGCCCCCUGGUGCCGAUGCAGAGAAAAUCACCUCCUCUCUCUCCCCUGAGGGCGUCCUGACUGUGGAGGCACCGCUCCCCAAACCCGCCCUCCAAUCCUCUGAGAUCACCAUCCCUGUAAACACGGAGAGCAGCGCCGUGCAAAAGCAGGACGGAAAAAAGUGAUGAAGAGGAGCAGAAAUGUUUACGAGCAUGACGUUUGAGAUAGACAAGAUACUGGUUUGCAUGCAGCCUUUUCAAUGUAUCUUGACAUUGGGUUUCUUGCUUUCCCUCUUUUGUUCGUCUGUUUUUCUGUGUCACUAUUACCAUGUGCACUGCAACCAUAUGUUAGUUCUACUCUAAUUAUACACUUCCUUUGAAUAAUGGACACACACAAACACACACACACACACACUUAGAAUUUGCUGUUGAGAUCUGAAAGCAGUUUACACACUUGCUAAUAGAGGGGUGUGGGUUUCUUUGACACACCAACACACCAGUGGCACUACACACAGAGAGGCGGCCUUGACAUCACUCACACACCUCUGAUCCCCAACUGAGCAGAUAUUUUCAUCCCUCUGGAACAAGAGGAUAAACAGUAUGAGAAGGAUUCAUGGGGUGCUGUGUAAAGCUGUGUAAUGUUCUUCUAAUGAUUUAAAGGGAGAAGAUCAUUUAGCAGAACAUAGCGCUAUGAAUUUUUCAAUAAACGUUUUAAAUGCAAACUUCA